AUGGCAAUGGUGCUGGAUGCUUUUGCAUCCUACGUGCAAAACUUGCUGACUGAGAUGGCAAGAGAAGAGGUGCACAUGCUGCUUGGAGUCAAAGAUGAGAUCGACAAGAUGGACGUCAAGCUUGGGGACCUCAAGAACUUCCUCACUGAUGCUGAUAGGAGAAACAUCACUGACAAGACCAUGCAAGAGUGGGUGGCUGAGCUCAAGCGUGCCAUGUAUGAAGCUGCUGACAUCCUUGACCUAUGCCAACUCAAGGCCAUGGAGCAAGGUCGAUCAACCGUAGAUGUGGGGUGCUUCAACCGCUUGCUCUUUUGCCUGCGAAAUCCAGCCCAUGCCCACAACAUCGGCACCCGCAUCAAGGAGCUCAAUAAGAAGCUUGGCACCAUCAAGGAGCGAGGCGAUGCUUUCAACUUUAUACCUCUUGGUUCCUAUGAGGACCGUAACAGCAGGGUGCAUGCCUCUCAUUCUGGUAUUCGCAGCCGUGAGACGUCGGGGGAAUUUGAUCGGUCGGGUGUAGUCGGUGAGAAGAUCGAAGAAGACACAAGAGCAAUCGUUGAUAUCAUGCUGACUGAAAAGGAGGGCAACGCCAACAUCAUGGUGGUUGCCAUUGUUGGGGUCGGCGGAAUUGGGAAGAAGCUAUUUAUAGUGAUGGAUGAUGUGUGGAGCCCCACAACAUGCGCUGACGUGAUUGGAAGUCUCUUGGCUAAUGUUGUUACUCGAGGUAGCCGAAUCCUCGUCACUACUAGAGAUGAAAAAGUUGCUCGAGGGAUGAAAGCUAUAUUUCCCUAUCACCGUGUCGACAAGUUAGAGGAGGAUGAUGGCUGGUCAUUGCUCAAGAAUCAGAUAGUCUCUUGUGAAACAGAUGGACAUGAAAUAGAUACACUCAAGGAUAUUGGGUUGCAAAUUGUAGCAAAAUGUGAUGGUUUACCUCUUGCUAUCAAAGUAUUGGGAGGACUCCUGUGUCAGAAAGAAAAAAAACGCCAUGAGUGGAAAAUGGUUCUGGAUGACUCUAUAUGGUCGGUCAAUGAAAUGCCUGAAGAGCUAAACCAUGCAGUAUAUUUAAGCUAUGAAGAUUUGCCUUCUUGCAUCAAACAAUGCCUUCUAUACUACUCCCUUAUUCCUAAAACUGCAACGCUUGAAAAAGAUGACAUUGUCGGCAUGUGGAUUGGUGAAGGAAUUCUUCACGGAACCUCAGACAACUUGGAAGAAUUAGGAACCAAGUACUAUAAGGAGCUGAUAGUGAGGAACCUUAUAGAGCCAGAUGCAGAGUACAUUGAUCAAGAAGUUUGCAGCAUGCAUGAUGUUGUUCGCUCAUUUGCUCAAUUUGUGUCUAGGGAUGAGGUGCUAGCGGCUCAUAGUGGAGAAACAAAUAUUGGAAGUAAAUUGAGUGCACACAAGUUUCUUAGGUUAUCCCUAGAGAACAAAUCAUCGGAGUCAGAUGGGUUAGACUGGAGUUCUUUACAAACACAAACAAUGUUGAGAACACUAAUAUUAGUUGGCAAUAUAAAUAUGAAGUCUGGAGAUUUGCUAGCCCAUUUUCCAAGUUUAAGAACACUAUAUGCAGAUUCAACUGGGGUUGGUGAAUUGGCUAAAUUUUUGCAUGAGUUCAAGCACUUGAGGUACUUGUCCUUGGAGAACUCUGAUAUAUCUUCUCUACCAGAUAAUCUUGGAAAGCUGAAAUUACUGCAAUUCAUUAGCCUCUUUGAAAGCAAACAAUUCGUGAAACUUCCCCAUAGCAUUGUACAAUUAAGUCACCUAAGGUAUCUUAACUUCAAUGGUACAAGUAUAUUAAGCAUACCUAGGGGGUUCCAUGUUCUAACAAAUUUGAGGAGAGUACAUGGAUUUCCAGCAGUAGAGGAUGGUGAUUGGUGCAGUUUGGAAGAGUUGGGUCCUCUUUAUCAGCUCACUGACAUUGGAAUACAGGGGUUAGAUAAUAUAACAGCGCCAUCAUUUGCAGCAAAGGCAAAGCUUGGCGAGAAGGUGCAUCUAACCAACCUACGCUUAAGCUGGCAUAGUAGACUGGGAGAUGAUGGAAAGAUUAAAGAGGAAGAUAGUGUCUCUGAGGAAGAGCAAGAAAAAACCGAGAAGGUGUUUGAUGAGCUGUGUCCUCCGCCCAACUUAGAUUUUCUUUCCAUCAAUGGUUAUUUUGGCCGACUGCUCCCAACAUGGAUGAUGUUAUCGCCAGUUGUUUCGCUCAAGACCUUGAGGUUACUGGUGAUUAAAAACUUGGCUUGCUGCACGCUACUUCCCAAUGGUUUGUGUCAGCUCCCGUAUUUGGAAUUCAUUCAGAUCAACCGCGCUCCAGCCAUUAAGCGAGUUGGACUUGAAUUCCUACAGUCCAACCAUCACCAAAGUCUGCCCCCUUCCCAUGUGGCAAGGGCUUUAAAUAAAUUAGUGAUAUACUUUGUCAAGGGUCUCACAUAUGUAGAGAACUUUGCAUCCCUGGUCAGGCUGGAAGUAACUGCACUUCCUGAUCUGGAGAGGAUAACUAAUCUUGCCAGAUUGCAAAUACUGAUCAUCAAAAACUGCCCAAAGCUAAAGGUGCUAGAGGGUGUUCCCGCACUCCAGACGCUCUCGCUGGACAAUAAAGACAUGGAUACACUUCCGGGAUAUAUGGGAGAUAUAAAUCCAAGGUGUUUGGAGCUAUACUGCAGCCUAGCGUUGUUGUCAUCCAUAGCCGCGGGACCAUCUGGCCCUGAAUGGGACAAGUUCAGACAUGUUGAGCGUGUGAAGGCAUAUGCACGUGAAGGAGAUAUGGUAAAGAAAUGGUAUGUACUGUACACAGCUAACCCCACCUACAACUUGGAGACAAAUGUCAGCCGCUCUUUCAUGUCUGCAGCGCACCACUUGAGUUGGCCAGACUCCAGUAAAAUGGAUAAGAUAAAAUCCACAUUUGGCAAGACCCACAAUCUGCAUAACUGCUGCGGUGUUAUAUGUACAACUCACAUCCCAUUUGGACCAAACUGCUACCAUGCUGGGGUGAAUGGCCGGAUUCUGAUGCAAGCUGUGAUUGAUCCAAAGAUGAGGAUCAUGGACCUUUCGUUGAAUUCGACGGAUAGCAUUACCCAGUUAAGCAUUUUUCAGGAAUCAACAAUCUUCAAGAAGUGCGAGAAGGGUAGUUGGCUGAAUGGUAGCAAGAUGAAGGAAGAAAACCUCUCAGACUCCAAGGCGGAGUUCAACAAAAGACACUCUGCAGCCACAACCUGCGCGCGGAAGGCGCUGGCGAUGCUCCAAGAAAAAUGGAAGUGCCUGCAGGAAGACGUGUGGUGGCCGGAGAAUCUGCAAACUAGAUUUAAUAUGAUCUUUGCGUGCAGCAAGUUGCAUAACAUAGUCAUAGAUAUGGAGGAUGAUGCAGGGAUGCCGAGCGCUAAGGAUCGGAAUUACCAUCAGCAAGUGCGCCUGGUAGCAAAUGAGGACGCUGUCAGGUCGAGGGAUAUGCUGUCUCAGUACUUCUCGGCUAGCAAGUCAUCAAAAUCAGGAGUAAGCCCAGUGGAUGCAGAGGAGGACCAUGAAGUAGCUGCAUCAGGCGCAGGGGAUGAAGACAACGAACAAGAAGCGCAGACAGGAACAGCAGAUGAAGCAGACAAUGAUAUCCAGGAGAUCAUUGUUUAAAGACACUUUUUGCUGCCACAUCCCUCAGCUUCAUUCUAGGUGAGAGGGAAGCCUACAUCCUACUGGUUGGAGCUUUUGAAUGCAUGAGUCCAGAGCAGCGCACCCACUGGAGCCAGAGACUAAUUAAAUCCUGCAAGCUCAAGUUCAAAUUUUAUUGAUUUUGGUCGUCUAUUUGGUGGAGACAAGUGUCAUGUAAUCUGUACUUUAUUUAUGAC